AUGUCUCGCGGAGAAGUGCUCAAGGCCGACAAGGACUUUACCAAGGAGGUCGAUGCGGCUAUCCCAGAGGCGGAGAAGCUAGCUUCUAGCAACCCGCAAGCUGGAAUCGACAAGCUGCUCACGCUCGAGAAGCAGACUCGUCAGGCCUCAGAUCUCGCCUCGACUUCCCGCGUCAUAAUCGCCAUCGUCACAAUAGCAAAGAAUGCGAAGGACUGGAACUUGAUGAACGAGCAGGUCCUGCUCCUCUCCAAGAAGCAUGGACAGCUGAAGCAGGCCACCACCAAGAUGGUGCAGACAGUCAUGGGAUUCCUGGAUGAGACUCCAAACCUAGAGACAAAGCUGUCCGUCAUCGAGACGCUGCGGACAGUCACAGAAGGCAAGAUCUUCGUCGAAGUCGAGCGUGCCCGAGUAACCCGCAUCUUGUCCAACAUCAAGAAGGAGCAGGGCGAUAUCGAUUCAGCGACGGAUAUCCUUUGUGAGCUGCAAGUCGAGACCUUUGGUUCCAUGACCCGUCGCGAGAAGACCGAAUUCAUCCUACAACAAGUGGCGCUAUGCAUACAAAAGGGCGACUGGACACAGGCCGGUAUUCUGAGCAGGAAGAUUAGCACACGGUACUUUGCGCGGAGACCGAAGAAGACCCCCGAGCAGCUGGAGAAGGACCAGAAGGAGCGGGAAGAAAAGGAGAAGAACCGGAGCGCCGACGACCCGCCCAUUGAGCCUGAGGACGAUGUAACGGACCUGAAGCUCAAGUACUACGAGCAGCAGAUUACCCUGGCCAAGCACGACAACAAGUACCUGGACGUCUGCAAGCACUACCGACAAGUACUGGAUACCGAGGCUGUGGAGGAGGACCCCAACAAGCUUCGAGCAAUCCUCCAGCGCGUCAUCUACUUCAUCAUACUCGCACCGUACGACAACGAACAGUCCGAUCUCAUCCACCGCAUCCAACGCGACUCGCGCAACUCUCAGAUCCCACAAGACGCACAAUUAGUUAAGCUCUUCACUGUGCCUGAGUUGAUGAGGUGGCCGAUGGUUGCGAAGCAGUUCGGGCCUCACCUCACGGAGACUGAUGUAUUCGACGCGGAGAAGGACGACUCGGAUGACCCCAAGGCAUUCCAGAGGUGGCAGGAUCUCCGCAAGCGUGUCAUCGAGCACAACGUUCGCGUCGUGGCCAAGUACUACACACGUAUUCAGAUCCCACGCUUGACAGAGCUGCUAGAUCUGACCGAGGAUGAGACGGAGAAGAACAUUAGCGAGCUGGUGUCUGCAAAGACCAUCUACGCCAAGAUUGACCGACCCGCCCGCAUCGUCACUUUCUCGAAGCCCAGGGACGCAGACGAUGUGCUGAACGAAUGGAGUGGAAACAUGAAGAGUUUGUUGGGUCUGCUCGAGCGCGUUGACCAUCUCAUCACCAAGGAGGAGAUGAUGGCGCGAAUUCAACCCACAAAGGUGGACAAGAGCAAGGCGGCCAAGGGCAAGGCGAAAUAG